AUGGCCGACUACGGCUCACACUAUGGCGCUAGUACCGGCCAGCCGCCUCAUAUGAAACCAGAUCCUCGAGCGCAACAAUAUCCCCCGGGCUCGCAACCGGGCUACCAGCAGUAUGGCGCCGAUCCUAACGCUCCACAGGUGUAUGCCAACAUGCAACAGGCGCCUUACCCGGGACCGGGUCCCACGCAGAUUCCGCAGCAGCAUGACGCCAUGAACGGGCUGGCUGCCCAGCUGGGUGGUCUCGACGUGUCAGCGGCACCUGUACGGUCGCACAGAAAGAAGGAAAGGCAUGCAUAUCACGAAAUAGCUCCGGCUCCCGGUAUGGGGUCAGGAGCUCCGGCUCCACCCGCCAGCAGUGUUGGGAGCUCACAGUUUCUGAACAAUGCACCAACUGCAGGGCCAGGAGGAGGUGUGCCAGCUCAACCGGGGGACAAUGCCUUCCUCAAUCCCACGGACAAGCUAAGGAUGGGUGAAGAGGCUGUUGCGGCUCAGGGCAGGGUCAACCCGGAACAAAUACCAAGCGUAGCUAGGGCAAGAGAUGUGGCCACACAGUUCUACCAGCACAAUGUCUACCCGACGAUGGAGAAGCAUCUUCCCCCUGCUGCGGCUAUACCCUUUGUUGCCCACGAUCAGGGCAACUCGUCCCCGAAGUUUGCAAGGCUGACGGUUAACAAUAUCCCUGCUACGUCCGAAGCCCUGGCCUCGACCGGGCUUCCCCUGGGUCUGGUGUUACAACCUUUUGCCGCUCUUCAAGAAGGAGAGCAACCCGUACCCGUGCUCGAUUUCGGUGAAGGGGGGCCUCCUCGGUGUCGGAGGUGCCGGACAUAUAUCAACCCAUUUAUGACAUUCAGAGCUGGCGGCAAUAAAUUGGUGUGCAAUAUGUGCAACUUCCCCAACGAUGUCCCGCCAGAAUACUUUGCGCCCACAGACGUGGCCGGAGUUAGAGUCGAUCGACUACAACGGCCAGAACUGAUGAUGGGCACGGUCGAGUUCACAGUUCCGAAAGAGUAUCAGACUAAGGAGCCUGUACCGAUGCGGUGGCUGUUUAUGAUCGAUAUCACCCAAGAGGCCAUUAAUCGAGGAUUUCUUGAGUCGGUCUGCAAAGGAGUUCUGGAUACCCUGUACGAAGGUGACGGCGAAGAGAUCCCAGAAGGGGAUACCGAGACACGCAGGCUUCCGGCCGGCGCCAGAGUCGCUAUCGUCACCUAUGACAAGGAGAUACAAUUUUACAAUCUCACAGCUGGCUUGGACACCGCACAGAUGAUGGUUGUCACUGAUCUGGAAGACCCCUUUGUUCCUUUGGCAGGCGGUCUCUUUGUUGAUCCACAAGAAUCGAAGACUGUCAUUAUGGCACUUCUGAAAUCAAUCCCCACCAUGUUUUCCCUCGUCAAGAAUCCAGAGCCGGCUCUGUUACCCGCCUUGAACGCGGGGUUGGCUGCGUUAUCUGCCACUGGCGGUAAGAUAGUAUGCUCAUUGUCGACCUUGCCGACCUGGGGUUCAGGAAGGCUCCACCUGAGAGAUGACGGUAAAGGCCGAGACACGGAUGCAGAGAGGAAGCUUUUCACGACCGAAAACCCAGGCUACAAGAAGACAGCUGCCGCAAUGGUGACUGCAGGUAUCGGAGUGGACUUCUUCCUUGCCUCAGCCGGCGGAGGGUAUAUGGACAUUGCCACCCUCGGUCAUGUGUCACGACUGACGGGCGGUGAGAUGUUCUUCUAUCCCAACUUUGUGGCACCUCGUGACGCCCUCAAAUUACAGCUCGAAAUUAAACAUUCCUUGACAAGGGAAACCGGUUACCAGGCGCUGAUGAAGGUGCGCUGCUCGACGGGCUUGCAAGUGACUGCCUACUACGGUUCAUUCUUGCAACAUACCUUCGGAGCAGAUCUCGAAAUUGGAACGAUCGACGCUGAUAAGGCUAUCGGGGUCACCUUCUCCUACGAUGGCAAGCUCGACGCGAAGCUGGACGCUCAUUUCCAGGCGGCUCUUCUUUACACGUCUGCUACUGGCCAGCGAAGGGUGAGGUGUAUCAAUGUCGUUGCAGCUGUCAAUGACGGCGCUACGGACACGAUGCGCACGGUUGACCAAGACGCGGUGGUCAACAUCAUUGCGAAAGAAUCCUCGUCCAAGGUGUCGGAAAAGUCACUCAAGGAUAUCCGAGCGAGCAUCACUGAGAAGACCAUUGACAUCCUAGCCGGGUACCGCAAAAAUUUCUCUGGGUCACAUCCUCCUGGGCAGCUCGUGCUUCCAGAGCAUCUCAAGGAGUUCGCCAUGUACACGCUCGGUUUGAUCAAAAGCCGAGCAUUCAAAGGAGGUGUUGAACCCACUGAUCGCAGAGUGCACUCGGCCCGCUUCAUGCGGUCUUCCGGAGUGACAGAAACGUCGUUAUACUUGUACCCCCGAAUCUACUCACUUCAUAAUCUGAACCCGGAGGAUUGCUUUGCUGACGCUGAGACAAUGCAACUCGUCGUCCCACCCACGCUUCGAGCCUCCUUUGCUCGGGUGGAGGAAGGCGGCGUGUAUCUGGUCGAUAAUGGACAGGUCGUGCUUCUCUGGCUCCAUGCGCAGGUGUCCCCGAACCUGUUACAGGAUCUAUUUGGGGAGGGCACCAACAGCCUACACGACCUAGACCCCAUGAUGAAUGAGCUCCCUGUGCUGGAAACGCACCUGAACGCUCAGGUACGGAAUUUGUUGCAGUAUAUUUCUACCGUGCGCGGAAGCAAGGCGGCAAGCUUCACACUGGCCAGACAAGGGCUCGACGGAUCCGAGUUCGAGUAUGCUCGAAUGCUGGUGGAAGACCGGAACAACGAAGCUCAAAGCUAUGUAGACUGGCUUGUACAUGUCCACCGCGCGAUUCAAAUGGAAUUGAGUGGCCAGAGAAAGAAGGAGGAGACGGGGGAUCAUGAUGGUAUUCUGAGCAACCUGACGAGCCUGAAGGCGCCAUACUGGACAUGA